CUCUCCUGUGCUGCUGAAGCCAGGCGUGCGGACCGAAGGGGUAGAGGCUAGAGGCCGGGCGAGCAGGGUCGAGGCCGGGGCUGGCGGCUGCGGCUAGGCCCGCGCCCUCCGCCUCCGCGGGCCGCCAUGGCCGGGUCCCCCGGCUCGGGCAGCGCGAACCCGCGCAAGUUCAGCGAGAAAAUCGCGCUGCACACGCAGCGCCAGGCCGAGGAGACGCGGGCCUUUGAGCAGCUAAUGACGGACCUCACGCUGUCUCGGGUUCAGUUUCAAAAGCUUCAGCAACUCCGCCUCACCCAGUCUCGAAACCAGUACCAUGGAGGGUCAUUGCCUAAUGUGAACCAGCUGCGCAACAGUGCAGCAGAAUUUCAGCCAUCAUUUCACCAGGUUGAUAAUAUUCGAGGAACACGUCAUCAUGGGCUUGUGGAAAGAGUCUCCCGGAAUCGCUUUCACCCCUUGCACCGAAGACCUGGGGAUAAACCAGGAAGACAGUUUGACAGCAGUUCUUAUGGAUGCAGUUAUCCUUCCCAGCCUGGAGAUGAGAAUUGGACAAGGCAGCAGCCUCCUUGGAAGGAAGAGAAGCACCCCGGAUUCAGGCUGACAUCUGCACUUAACAGGACCAAUUCGGAUUCUGCUCUUCAUACCAGUGCCUUAAGCACCAAACCACAGGACCCCUAUGGAGAAGGAGACCAGUCAUCUUGGCCUUCCCAGUGCAUGGGUUUCUGUGAUGGUGAGAAUGAUGGAUUUGGGGAAGCUAUCCCUUUCCCUGGCCCUGUGAAAGAGGAAAAUCUGCUCAAUGUUCUUAAGCCACUGCCGAAACAACUGUGGGAAGCCAAGAAGAUUCAAUCCCUUUCAGCUCGCCCUCGCUCCUGUGAUGUGGGAGGUGUCAAUGCCUUUCCACAUAAUGGUCAAGAUGCAGGACUUUCACCUUUUCUGGGGAACCUCAACACUGGAGGGUCACUACCAGACUUAACCAGCCUUCAUUCCUCAUCCCCUCUACCUACAUCUUUGGACCCUGAUGGCCACUGGUUUGGCAGCAUGAGUGUUGGCAAUAGUAUGGGAAAUCUCCCAGCUGCUAUGACUCAUCUGGGGCUCAGAAGCUCUUCAGGUCUUCAAAGUUCUCGGAGUAACCCCUCCAUCCAAGCCACACUGAAUAAGACAGCACUUUCUUCCUCCUUAAAUAUCUGCCCACAGACUUCUGUUCACAGUGCCUCUGCUCUUCAGCCAUCACUCCGUCUGUUUUCACUUAGCAACCCUUCUCUUUCUACCACAAGCUUGAGUGGCCCAGCUCGGCGGAGGCAGCCUCCAGUGAGUCCUCUUACACUCUCCCCAGGCCCUGAGACACCCCGAGUUUUCAGCAGACAGUUUUCCUCAACCAGCCCGCUAAACCAGCUCCCUGCCUCCCAGGUGGCUCCCUCUGAUCGAGGUCCCCUUACUUUCCUUCCCCCAGAAGCUCAAACCCCACUCCCACCACCUUACCCCAUGCCCCAGGAAUUCCCUGAGCCCCUGCUACAGCAAGCCAGAGCUCAAGAACAAGCCCAUGUCCAGCAGCCCCAGCUUUCUUCACCACCACCACCUUCAGAUUUUGAGCUCCUCUCUCCCCACAGCUCUUCUUUGACCAGCUUUUUCCCAGAUAUGUGCUUUGAACAGCAGGCCAUAAGGCAAGGGCCAGCUUUUUCUCAACAGGCGGCCACGAUGGAGCAGGCUCAGAGGGGGCUGCAGAAUUCCAUUCCGCUGCGGCCAAAUGUCCUGUAUUCCAGCUGUGGGAGUUUCCCAAAUACCGUCCUGAAUGAAGACACAAAUACCAAUCUGUUCAAGGACCUCAGCAGCGCGCUGGCAGGCCUGCCCGAGUCCAACUUCAGUCCAGACGGCCUUUUUCCUUUGGAUGAUGAACUCCAGAUUGAACCCCUGAGCUUGGACGGACUCAACAUGCUGAGGGACCCCAGCGUGGGCUUGCCCGACCCCUCAGUGGAGGAGACCUUUCGCUCUGACCGCCUGUGAGCAGGAAGCUGGGCUAGAGCCGCAGAUGGGGCUGAAGCAGCGCCUCGCAAGUGGGUCCGCCAGGCCUGGAGCCGCCCGAUCCUCCUUUCAGAGGCCGGCACAGCCCGGUGCACGCAACGGAGCCGUCCUGCCGGGGCUGAGGCCGAAGAAGCAAGGCCCUGAGUG